AUGCGCUUUUCGGUGGUAACUCUCGCAGCAGGCGUACCACUAUCAACCGCUUUUGCCGUAGACAGCGGACAAAAAUCUCUAGGCUUCGAACAUAAACCAAAGGGGACGACAACGGAAGGGGAAAAGAAGAGCCCAAAUAUCGUCUUCAUUCUUACCGACGACCAAGACUUGCAUUUACAGUCGCUCGACUAUCUUCCCCUGCUCAAAAAAUACUUGGCCGAUGAAGGUACUACAUACAAACGUCACUACUGUACAACGGCCAUCUGCUGCCCUGCCCGAGUUUCUCUGUGGACCGGAAAACAAGCCCACAACACCAACGUCACGGACGUAUCACCGCCAUAUGGUGGAUACCCCAAGUUCAUCAGUCAAGGCUUCAACGAAGCCUAUCUGCCAGUCUGGCUCCAAAAAGCUGGCUACGAUACCUACUACACCGGCAAGCUUUUCAACGCCCACACCGUUGAUAACUACGAUGCCCCUUACAUAGCCGGUUGGAACGGCUCCGACUUUCUUUUGGACCCUUACACUUACUCGUACCUCAACGCCACCUUCCAACGCAACCGUGAUCCCCCGAUUAGUUACGAAGGCCAAUACUCAGUCGACGUCCUCGCCGAGAAGGCCUACGGAUUUCUCGACGAGGCCGCCAAAAACGUCCACAACCGGCCCUUCUUCCUCGGCAUUGCCCCCAUCGCCCCUCACAGCAACGUCGAGCCGCGCUUCCCUUCCUCUUCCUCUUCCUCCUCCUCCUCAGACUCAGCUACCCUCCACCGCCGUCCAACCAACGAACACGACGACAUUGAAAAAUCCGUCUCCUUCACGCCUCCCAUUCCCGCCGCCCGACACGCCCACCUUUUCCCAGAUGUCAUCGUCCCGCGCACUCCCCACUUCAACCCCUCUUCGCGCGCCUCGGGCGUGUCUUGGAUUGCUCGCUUGCCGCACCAGAGCGCCGAGAACGUAGCCUUCAACGAUCACUUUUACCGGCAGCGGCUGCGCGCGCUGCAAUCGGUCGACGAGCUGGUCGCAGGCGUCGUGGCGCGGCUGGAGCGCCAUGGGUUGUUGGAGAACACGUACGUCUUUUACACGGCUGAUAACGGAUACCAUAUUGGUCAGCACCGGCUCCAGCCGGGGAAGGAGUGCGGGUUCGAAGAGGACAUUAAUGUCCCGUUGAUUGUGAGGGGACCGGGCGUGAAGAAGGGGGAGGUAGCGGAGGUGGUGACGAGUCAUGUGGAUCUGGCGCCUACGGUUCUGAAGUUGGCUGGGGCUUUGGGUGACAAGGAAAGCAAAGAAGAAGAAGAAGAAGAAGAAUAUGGGCUGGAUGGAGAGGCGAUCCCGCUUACCGCCGAGGACCUGGCUCAAGCGAAGGCGAAGGGAAAAAGACAUGAGCAUGUCACGGUUGAGUAUUGGGGGUUUGCGGUCUCGGAGGGCCGAGUUUUUGAAAAGGACGCGACGAGGUACUGGACGAACAAUACGUACAAGGCCGUAAAAAUCUUGGGCGAAAGGUAUAAUAUGUACUACUCUGUCUGGUGUAGUGGUGAACAUGAGCUGUACGAUCUUCAGACCGAUCGUUACCAGCUCAAUAACAUUCUUGACUCUUCGUCGCUUGUCACUGGGAAAACGCCGGCGACUCUUCUUGGGGUACCAGUCCAGAAAGUCGUUGCCCGACUUGAUUCGCUCCUCUUUGUCCUCAAGUCGUGUAAAGGAAAGACGUGUAUCCGACCAUGGGAGGCUCUACACCCGGCUGGGAAUGUGCAGAACUUACAUGAUGCUCUUUCGAGUAGGUUCGAUUCCUUUUACGAAAAAGAGCAGAAAAGGGUAGAGUUUGACCGGUGCGAGAGGGGAUACAUCGUUGAGGCCGAAGGUCCGCAGUUUGAAACGGACGGGUUAGUAUACCGGGAUGGACAUCGAUGGGAUCAGUGGGUUUGA